UCCCUGCCCUGAGGGAGAAAGAGGGAAAGGGUUGAGUAUUAUUAAAACCAGACAACCUUAAGAUGACUUGGAGCAGUGUAUUACUGUCCUGUUUCUCUUCAGGUUUAAACCAUUUACCAGCGGCCCCUUUGGAAAGGUAAUCCUGAAACCCUCAUACUGAAGCUUGGACUCUGUGUUGUGUAUUGAGGACUCGUUGGAGCAGGUUUUCUAUCUUGUCGGGAAUUGGUAUUUUUCUAUCAACACUGAAAUCACACUGGCACCUUCCAGCACCUGGAGGUCCAGCUAAAUUUCGAAUGAAAGUACGAGGUUGACAGCAAAAGAAGACAUGAGGGUGCAAACUUUCUCAAGAGCGCAAAUUGUGCAGGAGUUUAGUUUGCGAUGCCAGGCACAUGCAGCCAAUGACAACAAAGGCUUUAAACAGGAGUUUGAGGAGCUAGAUUUAGUUGGCAAAGAACUUCCCAUUACAGCAGGGGACUCAGAGGCAAACAGAGAAAAGAACAGAUACCCCUACAUAUUGCCAUAUGACCAUUGUCGCGUGAGGCUGUCAGUCCAAAACUCCCAACCACACACUGACUACAUCAACGCAAACUUUGUCCCUGGAGGAGGUUCAGAAAGAGACUUUAUCUGCACCCAGGGUCCUUUGAACAACACCAUGGCUGACUUCUGGAGGAUGGUGUGGGAGCAGAACGUCAGGAUAAUCGUUAUGGUGACAGCUCUGAAACACAAGGACAUAGUGCUGUGUGAUAAGUAUUGGUCUCUGCAACAAGGGACAGUUUAUCAUGGACUGAUCCAAGUGACAACAGUGAUCCGUAAACAGGGUCCAGAUUAUUUUGUCACCACCAUUAACCUCAGACAGAGAUAUUGUCCAACUGACAGGCUAAUCACACACUACUACUACCCAGCCUGGCCGGACCGGGGCAUCCCUAAAGACUCAUCCUCUCUCUGUGCCUUCACUGAGUAUGUGCGGCAGCAAAUGGAAGCGAUUCCAUGUCUGGGACCGGCCGUGGUGCACUGCAGUGCAGGUGUUGGGCGUUCAGGGACAUUUGUGACGCUGUUGUGGCUGAUGCAGCUGUGUGCGAGGGGCAUCAAACCUGAUGUCCGGGCUGCUGUGGAGGACCUAAGGCUACAUCGAAUGUGGAUGGUCCAAAAUCAGGAGCAGUACAUAUUUAUUCAUCAGUGUCUGCUGCACUGGCUCAGUGGAGGGAGCUCAGCACGCAGGCCACAAAUUCAGGGAGCCAGUUCAAAUAUUAACCGGGGGAGCAGCGGUGGGAGGAGACAUCAUCAUCACCGACAGACAGCUCCAUCAGACCAACCACAGACCGCGAUGCAACAGAUCUUAAACCCUGGGAACCUACUGAGGAGGUUACUGCCUUCCUCUUCAUCGUUUAAUCCAGGAUCAAACGCCUUCUGAACUCACCAACUGUACAGCCGAUACUACAGACACAAACAAGACUAAGGGUUAAAAAAACAACAGCGGUAUGCAUGCCCUCAUACAGCUCCUCAGAAGGAAUUGGACUGCAGAAAUAAAGCUUGUUGUGCUUGUGACACCAAGCCCUGCAGGUGGAAAACCGGCCUGACAACAUGCACAUACAUGCUGGUAAAGAAACCACAGACGCAGCACUUUUUUUUUUCGUGACCAGAAGUAAAUAUUAAGGGCGUAACAUGCCAGACAGGUCAAACCUGUUCUGUGAAUGAAUUACCAGGAGAUUCACAAGAACACAAGAGCACAAUGAUCAAGCUGUUCCCUGUGCACACAGUUAGAUCCUCAGGGUGUACAGCUAGCUGAACAAUUCACUGUUUUUAUAUCUUUGUCUCCAUUAUUGAUCAAGUGAUGCUGCGGGAUUACUUUAUUUAGUUUCCUCUUUUGAAAUCAUUGUGCAUUAUUUCACAUCACACAUAAGUACUCAAGAAUGCAUAAUGUAUAGCGGACUUGCUAAAAAGGCAGACACAUGGUGGCUGUACAAAAAAGGUCAUGUUUCAAAAACACACAGGCACUGUCCUUCUCCUUAGAAGACUGAAACCCAUUACAGUACAUUAAGGAGCUAUAUGAGCAUUAUACAUUAUAGAACAUAAAAGGGCUAACCCUCUUCUUUUUCUUUUAAGAGUCUUUCAUUUUGUCGGUUAAUAAACAUGUAUGAUACAAUA